AAUUUAAAGAAAAAGAAAUUGCUAGAUGAUCAAAGAAUAUGAUUAUUUGUUUAAGUUAGUUAUUAUUGGUAACUCUGGAGUGGGAAAGAGUUCAUUAUUAUUGAGAUUUGCAGAUGAUCAAUUUAGUGAAUCUUACCUAACAACAAUAGGUGUUGAUUUUAGAUUCAGAACGUUGCCCAUUGAUGGCAAGAAUGUCAAGUUGUAAAUUUGGGAUACUGCUGGACAAGAAAGAUUUAGGACAAUCACAAGCGCAUAUUACAAAGUAGUUAACAAUCAUAUUCAUUUUUAGGGUGCUGAUGGAAUUGUUAUGGUGUAUGAUGUCACAUAAGGAUAAUCAUUUGACGAUAUUGAUAAAUUUUGGUUACAUGAGGUAGAGUCAUAUGGGGAAAAAAAUGUGCAAUUAUUAGUUAUUGGAAAUAAAAACGAUUUAGAUGAAUAGAAAUAGUAAGAUUAUGAUAUAUUUAAACAAGAGUUGAAACAUCAAAGGCUGAAGAGUAUUGUAAAUCUCAUAAUAUGCUUUUUAUGGAAUGUAGCGCUAAAACAGCUGACCAUGUCAACAAUGCCUUUCUUGAACUCUCAAGAAAGCUCAUGGCUAAAAAGGAUGCAUCCCAACCACCAAAAACUACAAAUGUGACCCCAAAUGCAUCACAAUAAUCAUAAUCUAGAGGGUAUUUAUAUUAUUUAUAUCAAAGAGUAAAUAAUACAAGCACUUCACAAUCAAAUAAACUGAGUGCUAGCAAUUCAAACUAAAAAAAAUAAAAAGAUGGAGGAUGUUGUUGAUUAAUUAUUAAGAAUAAAACAUUGUUAAUUUUUAUUUGUUC